AUGGAUUUGAUGUUCGAUAGAAAUCCUAUCACCAAACCCACGCCCGCCAUGGCCCGCAAGCGCAAGGACGUCAACGAUCCCAAGAUCAAGCUCGCCCAACCCGACCGAUCCGGCCCGGAUCCAACAGAGAAGACAUUGUACCAAUGGGCCGAGGAAAGGAAUCUCUUUGAAGAGGCUCAGCGCCGUGAGGCCGCCGUGAAGAAAGCUGCGAAAAAGGACGGCAAGGCCAAGGAUGGCAAGGCCAAGGCCGCCGGCGGCGGCGAUGGCGAAGAGCGCGUCGCCGAGGCGGUGCUCUGGACGGCCACGAUUGCGAUGCUGCACUUUACCCUCGACACGUUGGUGCAGCAUCAGUACGCGCAGGAGCUGGACUGGCGAAGAAUCACCAUCCGGACAGCCCAGGCAUUUGUGGUCUUCCUAGGCCUCUUUACGUCCUCCACCCGCAUUCGUCCAGCCCAAACCUCGUCCCUGGUCUGCCUGCCCGAUUCCAACACACGGCGCGCCAAACCAUCUUCCUUAUCACCAGCGUCCUUUCAGGAUGCUAUCUCAUAUACAUAA